GUGUAGUCAAGUAUUAGUUUCCUUGGUAGCUAGCUUGUGAGAUUUGCAGUAUGGAAAUGGCAUCCGGUGCGAGGAAGACGGUGAUGUUCAUGGCGACUGUCCUACUCGGGAUGGCCUUCGUCCUCCAGUCCGGCGCCAUGGCCAGAAAUGGCGGCGGCGUGUUGAGUGACGGCGGCGACUCGGGUGGCGGUGAGGCAGGAGCUGCAGUGAUGAUAAGGAGGGGCAGGUCGCUGCAGGAGUCGCCGCCGGCGUUGUCGACGACGACGAGGCAGAGCGGGCUGUUCAGCCUCGACAGCUACGGCGCCCGCGGCGACGGCGAGGGCGACGACACGCAGGCGCUGGCGAAGGCGUGGAGCGCCGCCUGCGCCUCGCCGCGGCCGGCCGUCGUGCUCGUCCCGGCGGGCAGGCGCUACCUGCUCCAGCAGGUCACCCUCUCCGGCCCCUGCAAAUCCAGCAUCACGCUCAUGGUGAAGGGAACGCUGGUGGCGUCGCCGGACAUGUCGAAGUGGAGCGACAGUAACAGGAGGUACUGGAUCGUCGUCCGCGGCGUCGACGGCCUCGCCGUCGGCGGCGGCGGCACCAUCGACGGCAACGGCGAGGUGUGGUGGAAGAACUCCUGCAAAAUCAACAGCGCCCUCCCAUGCAAAGGAGCUCCAACGGCGCUGAGUUUCCACACGUGCAAUAACUUGAGGGUGGAUGGUCUGAAGAUGGUGAACAGCCAGCAGAUCCACAUGUCAGUCGAGGAUUGCACAGGUGUGCAGCUGGCCCACCUGUCAAUCAACGCGCCCGGCACAAGCCCCAACACAGAUGGCAUCCACGUCACUCGCAGCAAGAGCGUCCAAGUCAGCGACUGCACCAUCAAGACAGGUGAUGACUGCAUGUCGAUCGAGGAUGGGACCCACGAUUUACAUGCCACGAGACUGGUGUGUGGGCCCGGGCAUGGGAUUAGCAUUGGGAGCCUAGGAGAUGGCAACUCCAGAGCUGAGGUGUCUGGUAUCUUCAUAGACACAGUGCAGCUCUAUGGCACCACCAAUGGAGCUCGGAUCAAGACAUGGCAGGGAGGGAGUGGAUACGCCAAGGAUAUCAUAUUCCAGAACAUGAUCAUGAACAAUGUCAAGAACCCAAUAAUCAUUGACCAAAACUACUGUGACUCAGCUAAGCCAUGCAAGGCACAGGGGUCAGCAGUGGAGGUCAGCAACGUGGUCUUCAAGAACAUCAAAGGGACAACAACUUCCCAGAUUGCAAUCAAUCUGAACUGCAGCAAGAGUUCCCCAUGCUAUGACAUUGCCCUGCAGGACAUUUACCUGAAAAUUGUGGGUGACAGCAGUAGCACAGGAAGUACAUGCCAGAAUGCAAAAUGGAGGAAAUCUGGAAUAGUUAUUCCACAGCCAUGCACAGGCACAAACUAGGGGGAACUGGACAUGACAAAAUUCAUCAAACUGUAUAAAGUGUGUAUAAAAAAAAAUCAAAAGAGACUAGUCACACUCAUGCAUACACUCAUUGGGGUUUGUAUCCUGAACCUGCAAUGCAGUGUGCCUACAAGGCUAUAGAGUGUGUAUUUGUUAAAUUUAUUCAAGCCAGAUACCUGUAAAUUCUUUUAUACAGAGCAACAGCACAAAGCAGCAAAUACUUCAGGCUUAAUGUUAGUGGGAAUUAUUAAUUGGGCUAAGGCCCAUAUGUAGAAUAAUUUCUACGAAAAUAACAAAAUCCCACCUCAUGGAAGCAUGCAUGAGAAC